AUGGCCACCGAAGAAAUCCACUCCCUCUACGACACCAUCCUCAUCCUCGACUUUGGAUCCCAGUACUCCCAUCUCAUCACCAGGAGAUGUCGUGAGCUCAACGUCUACUGUGAGAUGCUCCCAUGCACUCAGAAGAUCUCUGAGCUCUCCUGGAAGCCCAAGGGUGUCAUCCUUUCCGGUUCUCCCUACUCUGUCUAUGCCGACGAUGCCCCUCACGUCGACCCCGCCGUGUUCGAGCUUGGUGUCCCCAUCCUCGGUAUCUGUUACGGUCUUCAGGAGAUUGCCCGAGUCCACGGUGGCUCUGUCGGUGCCCACUCUCACCGAGAAUACGGACACGCCAGGAUUUCCAUCAACAAGACUGGCAACAAGCAGCACGACGCGCUGUUCGAGGGUAUCCAGGAGGACGCCGAGGGCGGUUUGCAGGUGUGGAUGUCCCACGGCGACCAGCUCACCGACCUUCCCCCCAACUUUAUCACCAUCGCCUCCACCCCCACCUCCCCCUGGACUUCUAUCGCCCACGAGUCCAAGCCUAUCUACGGUGUCCAGUUCCACCCCGAAGUCUCCCACUCCCCCAAGGGUAAGGAGGUCAUCGGUGCGUUCGUCAAGAACGUCUGUGGUGUCCGAGACGGAUGGAGCAUGGAGAGCUUUAUCCCCAAGGAGAUUGCUAGGAUCAGGCAAAUCUGUGGAGACAAGGGUCAGGUCAUUGGUGCCGUCUCCGGUGGUGUCGACUCUACUGUCGCUGCCAAGUUGAUGCACGAGGCUAUCGGUGACCGUAGAUUCCACGCCAUCAUGGUCGACAACGGUGUCCUCCGAAUGGACGAGGCCAAGAAGGUCCACAAGAUGCUUACCGUCGACCUCGGUGUCAACCUCACCGUUGUCGACGCUUCCGACCUCUUCCUCGCCCGUCUUGCUGGCGUAGAGGACCCUGAGAAGAAGCGAAAGAUCAUCGGUAACACCUUUAUCGAGGUCUUUGAGGAGGAGGCUGCCAAGCUCGAGGCUGCGGCUGAGAAGGAGGUCAUCGAGAAGGGCGGUGAGGCCAAGGGCAAGAUUGAGUGGUUGCUCCAGGGUACCUUGUACCCCGAUGUGAUUGAGUCCAUCUCCUUCAAGGGUCCCAGUGCUACCAUCAAAACCCACCACAACGUCGGUGGUCUUUUGGAGGACAUGAAGUUGAAGUUGAUUGAGCCUCUUCGUGAAUUGUUCAAGGACGAAGUUCGAGCCCUUGGUCGACUCCUCAACAUCCCCGAACACCUCGUGGGCCGUCACCCCUUCCCCGGGCCCGGUCUCGCUAUCCGUAUCCUCGGUGAAGUCACCCGUGACCAGAUCGCCAUCCUUCAGCACGCCGACGACAUCUACAUUGAGGAGAUCCGUGCUGCCGGUCUCUAUGACCAGAUCUCUCAGGCUUUCGUCGCGCUUUUGCCCGUCAAGGCUGUCGGUGUUGCCGGUGACAUGAGGACGUACGACCAGGUGGUGGCUGUGAGGGCGGUGUCGACAGAGGACUUUAUGACGGCCGACUGGUUUGUUUUCCCUCCUCAGGUCUUGAAGAAGAUCUCUUCGAGGAUCACCAACGAGGUCAAGGGCGUCAACCGUGUCGUUUACGACAUUACCUCCAAGCCUCCCGGAACGUAA